CUCAGAGCCACACGCCUUCUUACCCAAAAUACCGCACAGCAGAACACCAGCACUAUAAAGAGGUUUUAGCACAUGAACAGCACUCUCUCUCUCUCUGUGUGUCUCUCUUUUCUCUCUCUCUCUCUCUUUAUCACCUUACAGUCAGUGGAGUGUUUACUUAUGCUUUCCUAAAUGGCGGAGGAAAUUUUAAAAGAGCCUGAUGGAAAAAUUAGAGGGCAUUUAACCCUGUCCCUGCUGGCAGUAGCAUUUCUCUCCUCCUUUGGCAGCUCUAUGCUUUAUGGCUAUAACCUGGCUGUAGUCAAUUCUCCUGCUCAGUACAUAAAGGAAUUUUUUAACCGCACAGCAGUGAGGCGUAAUGGGACUGGCCUGAGUCAUGAGAGCAUCACAGUGCUCUACUCCAUCACUGUGUCCAUCUUUGCUGUUGGGGGUCUGUUGGGCUCCCUGACUGUCGGAAUGCUGGUCUCCAAAUUCGGGAGGAAAGGGACGCUGGUGAAGAGCACAGUUUUAGUCUUUGUAGCUGGUGCUCUGAUGGGUUUCAGCAGAAUAUGUGGCUCUCCAGAGAUGAUCAUCAUAGGCCGAUUCAUCACAGGGCUUCACUCAGGAAUCUCUCUGAGCGUAGUGCCCAUGUACCUGGGAGAGAUCGCGCCAAAGAACCUCCGUGGCUUCCUGGGCCUCAUGCCUAGCAUCUUCAUCUGUAUUGGAGUGUUCAUCGCUCAAAUUCUGGGACUCCAUGAGGUCCUGGGCAAGGAGGAGCAUUGGCCUCUAUUCCUUUCCUUAGUUGUGGCACCGACCUUCAUUCAACUAAUGCUCUUACCAUGGUUUCCAGAGAGUCCUCGUUACUUGCUGAUCGAGAGACAUAAUAUUCAUGCUACUAUCACAGCUCUAAAGUGGUACAGAGCGAAGGCUAAUAUCCAGGCGGAGGUGGAGGAGAUGCAGGAGGAGCAACGGUCACUCUCUUCAGUGCAGACCAUCUCAGUCUGCGAGCUGCUCAGAGACCAAGCCGUACGCUGGCAGGUCAUCACUGUCCUGGUGAUCAAUGCAGGGAUGCAGCUGUCUGGCAUUGAUGCGAUCUGGUUCUACACAAACGCCAUCUUUGAAAAUGCAGGAAUCUCUGCCACUCAGGUUCAGUACACAACAGUGGGAACCGGUGCCAUCGAAGUCAUUGCUGGACUCGUUGGGUGUUUCACUAUUGAACGGGUAGGUAGGAGGCCACUGAUGAUUGGUGGAUUCAGCUUUAUGGGCGUGUGCUGUGCAGGCAUCACCCUCUCCCUCAUAUUACAGGCUCAUGUGCCCUUCAUGCACUAUGUCAGUGUGGCAUGUGUGGUCGGCAUUAUAGCAGGAUUCUGCAUCGGGCCUGCUGGAGUGCCUUUCCUGAUGACAGGCGAGCUGUUUAAGCAGUCUCACCGUCCUGCUGCUUUUAUUGUGGGGGGAUCUCUUAACUGGAUAUCCAACUUCACAGUGGGCUUUGUCUUCCCAUUCUUACAGAUGUCUGCAGGUGCGUUUUGUUACCUGGUCUUCUUCGGCGUUUGUGUGGGCGUGGCUGCCUACGUCUACUUCAUCAUCCCCGAGACGAAGAACAAAACAUUUGUGGAGAUUAGCCAGAUGUUCGCAUCCAGAAACAACUGUGAGCUCGAGACGGAACCGCUGUCCAUGGCCGACCAGCUCAGCCUCAAAAAGAUGAACGGAUAUGGUUCAGUAGAAGCUAAGAUGGGGCAUAAGGAGCUCCUAGAGGAGAAAUACACAUGGAGUGAUGAAGAAGAGGAGUAGAGGGACUAAUGUAGAAAUGGGAAGAUGUCUGGGUGUUUGUGAGAGAGUGACUGAAUAUCUUUGGUGCUACAGAACACAACUGCUCCUCAGUCACCGUAAGAGCAGAGGCAGUUCCGCUAUGCCAUAAAGGGGUUUGAUGCUAAAAUACUGUUAACUGAGCAUAUCGCAUGACUCAAAGCCUAUUUUACAUCUGCACAUGUUCAUUUGAAAACAUGCAAAAUUUCUCAACAGCUGUUAAGAUCUGUUAAGAAAGACUUGAAUAUUCCAUUGGAACAUCUUGAAUGGUGGCUCAUCACGGCGUGUAAAGACUCUGCUAACAUUUAGUCAAGUAAAAUGUUUGAGUUCUCUACAAAAAAACGUAGUGAGCCAUUACUUUUUUAUCUCAGGAAAUGUAUUUUUUGUCAUCCAGCCCCUUUACAAUAUUUUCCAGCUUGAUUAGUGACCUUGAAGGGCUUCCAAAAUUGCAUGAUGGAAAAAAAGCUGUAAAAAAUUCCAGUUACUGUUUUAAGCCCUGCAGAUAUUAAUGUUGAUUAAUAUCGAAUGUUUUUCUGUUACUGGUUCAAAUAUGGCUCCAGACCAUUUUGCCAAGCAGAUAUUGGUGUUUCUGGAUAACAAGGCAGCAUGAGUGGGCAAUAUGACACUAUUUGUCAUUUUCAUAAUGAACACGUUAUAAUAGCCACAUUGUGUGACAAUGCACUUUCCUAAGCAUGUCAUGAAAAAUAUCAGUACUUAAAAGGGGCCAUAUCCCC